AUGACAUCUCUACUAUCGCCCUUCCAUUUUGGCCAGCAACGGCACGCCUACUUCCAGCUUCGCGUGACUAUCCAUGAGCUUAGCAACGUGCCUCUCGUCAGCGGCAACUUUCAGGCCAGAUGGAAGAUUCGGAACGCACAUGGCGGAGGUCCGCACAUCCCAGGUGCGCAUCAUCUACCCCAACUCAACCCACACGCUAAUAGCAAAGGUAAAGGCAAGGUCAAAAGCGCCGCCGAAGAGGUAGAGGAAGACGAUGUUACAUCCAAAGGGACUCACCACCGAGAAAGCACAGCUGAGGAAGAUGAUCCUACGCUCGAUGCUGCGAGCACCAAUGCUGGACUUCGAGGCCACGCAGAGGCGUCUGGUAGUCGGACAGAAGCGGCUACGUCUUCCAAGGGCUUCCUAUCCAAAGUGCUGCCAGGCAAACGGUCGGCUGAUGCCAGCGCGAGACACUCACCUGCAGCCGAUGCCAACUCUCCAGCCUCGGCAUACGCAAGCCUUCACAGUGACUCUCCUCGCCACGGCAGCAGUCCGCGAGACAGCUCGGAUCGACACACGUCCAGAAGCAGACUCGAGGACUCGCCCAGGCAAGCACCUGCAGCAUCUCUCGCUGCUAGGAGCAGCACCGCAGCCACUGAGAUGCAAAUGUCUGAGCCGAGGGGAGAGACGAAUUUCACAAGAGUGCGCGAUCAUUGUGCCUCUUGGGAGAGAGUAGUGGAGACCGCACUGCGCAUGACUGUGGAGAAACCACGCAACCCUUCUGGUGGCUCUACCUCUAGCGCAAAUUACCCGCCGGCCAGUGCCGGCACCUCAAAGGAAGGGUCUAGCACGCAUCUGUCGCCGCAUGGGGAGCCAGCAAAGAGCAAUGGUCGUCUCCACAAGAGCCAUAGCUCCCGAAGUCUGCGUACCAAUCAAGGUGCGCCAGAAGGACAUGAUCCUUCUAUCGGCCUACUCGCUUCCAGUGAGCUUCGUAUCAGCGUCAAGACGGUGAGUGGUCUGACAGCAAAGAUGACAAGCCGCCCAAGUAUCAGAGUGCUGGGCGCGGAGUGUAUUCCAACUUUUGAGACACCACUCAUUUCAAUGUGCUUCUUUUACAGGAUGUAA